GCUUGCAUCAUGUUGGCAUCUUCUUUGUCCGAGUGGCCAAUGCAAAAUUGUAUAUAUUCGACGUUAUCCCCAGCCAACAGCCGUCAACGGUCUCAGCCUCCGAAACAUGGCCUCUACUGCCCUAAGCUGGCAGGACCGCCACCCUACGCAGCGUUUCUCCCUGCCGUCUUCAAACGACAUACGCUACAGGGCUGAGCAUCGCGGCCCGUCGUCUUCGUCCUCAGAGGCAAACUUUCUCUCGUGUGACCGCGCCUGUGUAUCGCCAACUGUCCUCAUUGGCCACAAAGGCAUGCUCAUCAACACCAUCUCAAUACGCGAUGUCGGGUCUGACUCUGAUGCAGAGGAUGGUGAAGACGGAUUCGACGUGUCAAUGGAUAUAGACGAAAACGAGUCUUCGUCUGUGGCAGCUGCCCAUUCUAAGCUGAAUACACGCAUUCCUCUAGCUCCUCUCGAUACCCUGCCCAUCACUGGCAAACGGAAACAUGAAGACCCUCACGCGAUCAUUCCUCCCCCUACGCCACAUGAAAAUAGAGACAAGUCUAUGAUGAUCUACGACUCAAACGACCUACCAGACUACGAGUUCGUCAUGGGGGACGAUGAGGCCGAUAUGGAGCCCAGCCGGGAUGUCCUAUCUGGUCUGUACGAGAGCGACACCAUGCGUCUCAUAAUCAUCUGCUCCGUCUGUGGCAGACGGUCUUGCAGCAUACCGCAUGCUUCGCUGGGUCGCCUCGAGCUAUUGAAUGGUUGUGAAAUCGAAGAGGCUCGUAUGGGGGACUCACCGCGAAACGAAUCUCCCCAGUUCAAGGUGCCAGCACCUACGCGAUCUGCGAAGGUCCGUACGGCAAGCCUUUUCGGCCUCGCAUCACCUACUACUCUGGGGCUUCGUCCCCUCUUGCUCCCAGACCGGACUACCGCUAUCGACGGAUGAAGUGCUCUGAUAGACGAUGUGCCUUCGUUGGCGCGUCAGUCGAGCAUUGGAGGCACCAUGUGGAGACCUUUCAGCAUUAUG